UAUGAGAGCGAAAGCCCGAGCGAGGGCGGCCCCUCCCUUCCUCUCCGCCUCUACUUGCGAUCUCCUCUCCCUUCGCCACUCGUAUCUUGUGGCCGCGGAGAGACAAGAGGAGACCCUUCUUUCCUUCUCCUCCUCCUUCUCUGGCCUCUUUGCGAAGCCAUUGCUCUAGCGUACGAUAGAGAUGAGAGGAGCUAUGUGCUAGUGAAACAGUCUUUUCUUAUCAGGAAAUUAUAUAUUUAUAUAUUCUGGUUUGGAUCUUGAAAAGACAAAUCUCCUUCUGCCUAUGAAGCAAUGCUGACAGUACAUCAUGCGGGAGCCAUUCAAAAUUUUUGGAUUGAUGGAGAAAGAAAGACAUAUGUGCCAGCAUGUUCAGACAGCAGUCGGCAUGCUUAUAACAUGAAAGGCUUUCUAGCCUUCCGGCAUUGUUUGGAGAGACCAUGUAUACAAAAUCUUUGGAUGUCUCCUAACUUAAAGUCUCACUAUAGCAGACUGAGAAACCAUCACCUCUGGAGAACCUCAAAAGAUGGAACCAGAAAAAACUGGCUGUGUCAUUGGGAUAGUAAUGCAUCAUCUGAUCACGAUUAUCGUUCAUCACGCAAUAUAGCCAUAAGCCUGUUGAAACGGUACAGAAUUGUAAUUGAUCGUGGAGGAGGAGACAACCUUAAAGAGUUUAUCAGUGCUGGGGUGAAUGCAUAUGCUCUUGGUUGUACUGAUGAGGGUCUAAGAAAAGAACUUAUUAGAAUGAAGGAUUCUGGUGCUGAGAUUGAAGGACUUCAAAGUCAUAGUGGAGGAACCACUUUGAAGUUUGAAAUUCUCACCGAGGAGGUCAAUGAGUGCAUUUUAUGGUUGAGUAUUGUAUUUAUCACGAUCCUGUGCACACCACAACCCACAGUUGUCAGGUGGUCAUCUACGCCGCCAGUGUCAGCUGAAACCAUGCAUCAAUGGAAAGGAUUUUGUGCUAUCAUUGCAAAUGCUUAUUAUACAAGGGGAAUGGCAUGGUUACCAGUGAAGACUUUGCAGCUAGAACAAAUGGCGGUAAUGGGCAGUUCUGAGGAACCAUCUGUUGUAGCAAGUCGGAUGAGAUUAGUUUUCAGCACGCUAGAGGUAGUCAGUCCUCAGUGGCCACGAGUUUGACUUAGGUGUUGUUUGUUUUGUUACCCGAGUUUCACCGAUACUCCAUGAUGGUAAUCUUCUCGGUGACAUGUCAACUCAAUUCCCAGUGAAAUUUUCUUAAUGAUAGUUCAUUCAAUUUCAAAAUCUUUCGUAGGUAUUAAAUCAGAUGUGACAUUGAUUGGAAGGUUUCCUGUAUAAGUUUCUGUCUGGGACAUAGAGCUUCCAAAUAAUACAUGUAAAUUUCACAUUCUAUUGGAUGGUGUCAAUGUACAGAAAGUUUAUGCAAUUGAACCCCCUAUGUGCAGAUCCUGUAUCAGUUCUCAGUUAUUCACAGUAGCAGUUCUCACCCA